UACGGAGGCACAUCGGAGGACCUCCCUGUCAGAGCCUGGUGUCUAGUCUGUUUCGGGGUUAGUGGCGUACGUAAUCCAGACUCUCGUCCAGACUCCAAGGCAAGUCCACGACACCCUCCCCCUUCACCUGGCUGCUUAGCCUUGCACGACUCCGGCACCGGUCACCGGUGUCCUGGCCCCUGGGAUCAUGGAAAGACGGCUGAAGUCGAUGAGGACCCUACAAUACGGGUACGCCUGUCAGAUACCAGAGGACCACCGUCGAGCCAAUGGACCUUGAUCCAUUGGCGCAUAAGGCUCAGGAGAUUAAGCAAGUGCCGUCUGCCGAGCUCCAUUGGCUCCAGGCGCCGAUCUCACAGUCAAUCUCAUCGAUGGAAGCAGUAUUCCGUGCCUGGAUACCACGGCUCACACACAUGCAAGCCAUGGUCUGACGCCUGUAAUUGUUCAGUGAAGGAGGAGGAGGAAGAACGCGCAAAGAGAAUUACCAUCAAAGUGCUUCCUUGCGGUUGGAAUGCAAGGAAGACAGGAGACGGGCGGGCAAUUCCCUCUGACUCUGACAAGCACUCACCAAACUCAACCACCACUCCUCACACCUUACCAACCCUUGGUGCCUCUUCAAAUUCCCGGCGCUCAGUUCUGGCCCAUCUCUUACUAUCCACGAGGCGCCGAUCUUGUCCAUCUUCAUCCCACUUGCAUCAAGCCUCCCUGCUCCUCAUUCAACCAAAUGCCGACCUGUUUGUGCGAGCUGCGGAUACUCCAUGCUGCCACACUACGGCCAACGUAGCCGACGCAAAUUUGCUCUCCAUCCCGGCAUCACCCAGCAGCAAGCAUCCAGCAUCCAGCUUCCAGCCUCGAUAUUGCGAGUCCCUCCCUUCCUCUGCCCUCACGGAUACGCAGUUAUGCUCCAGUAAUCGUACCAACGCUCGAGUCACUCCUGUCCAUCAGGGAAGUCGAAUCAUGACAAUAGACUGA